GGCCGCGGCUCACUGUCACCGGCUACCGACAACUCCAUGGCUUCCGCAACCCGAGCCGGCCUCCUCCCCUCGCCAUCUCUUCUGCGGUCCGCCUCCGCCGCUCUUUUACUGCCGCCUCCGAUGAUCGCCUCCUCCCGGCGAACCCUUUCUUCUCCAUAUCGGCGCCUGUUCCUCCACCCCGCCGUCAAACCCACUCGGCCGGACCUGCCCACGUUCCGAGUCCGAGCCGCGAGAACCGAGUCCGGUUCUGUCUCUCUCGGCUUCAGAGCUCCCCAUUUCGAGCUGCCGGAGCCCUUGACGGGGAAAGUGUGGACUUUGGAUGAUUUCGAGUCUUGCCCUGCGCUUCUGGUGAUGUUCAUUUGCAAUCACUGCCCAUUUGUUAAGCAUUUGAAGAGGGAUAUUACCAAACUUACAAGUUUCUAUAUGGAGAAGGGGCUGGGUGUUGUUGCCAUCUCUUCAAAUUCCACCAUCACCCAUCCACAGGAUGGACCAGAAUUUAUGGCAGAAGAAGCUAAAUUGUUCAAGUACCCUUUUCCCUAUCUGUUCGAUGAGUCACAGGAUGUUGCACGGGCUUUUGGAGCUGUAUGUACACCAGAGUUUUUCCUCUUCAAGAAGGAUGGAAGAAGGCCAUUUGAGCUGUUCUAUCGUGGGCAGUUUGAUGACUCACGACCUAGUAAUAAUGUGCCCAUAACAGGAAGGGACCUAAGUCGCGCAAUAGACUGUGUUCUCAGUGGCCAGCUCCUAACGUCUGCACAAAAACCGAGUGUUGGAUGUAGCAUAAAGUGGCACCCAAAAACGACUUGAGUAGUUCUCCGUGAUGGUGCACUCAGUUCUUCAUGAAUUCCAGAAUACAUGCGCUUCCGUAAUGCCGAUGAUGUGGACAGUAAAUUUGUUCAGAUUUUCCUGCGAGCUGCUUGACCGAAUGGUUGGAUGCCGGGGGACACAAAUCUUUCUCCAUCAAGAAAGUUCGUACAGCCCUUUGCUAUGAGAGAAAGAAUGUAAUUAUUUUGUGACUGUGACAUCAUAUGCCUCUGUAAAAUCUUUUCCUUCCAUCUUUUAUACUUGAAGCUCGGUUUUUUUGGUACGACUUUUGUGGCCAAGAGAAGAAACACAUGAAAAACAAGGAAACUUGUCAAUAUUUCUCUUUCCAUUAUCAUGAUUGUUGAAAAGUGAAAAGAGAUUUUGCAGUUGUGAGUUUGAUGUUCU